AUGGCCAUGAAACGUAAGGCCUCAUCGGAGGGGCUCACUACCCCUAAGCGACACCAGAAGCAGAAUGUCCUGGACAAUUCCGACCUGAUUUACGAGGAGACUCACUCCGAUGAUGAGUACUCGGCUCCGGGUACUCCGAGUGUAAUGAGUGAAGACAUGGACGGCUCUCCCGCGACCCCAUUCUCGGCCACCUCUUCCCGACAGAGGUACCCAUCUGAGCUCAAAACCCUAUCUUGCACGUUCGAGGGAUGCGAUAAGGCCUAUAAUCGUCCGGCUCGACUCCAGGAACAUAUUCGAUCACACAACAACGAAAGACUCUUCAGGUGUGAGUUUGAGGACUGCGACAAGACAUUCUUACGCACUACCCAUCUUCAACACCAUGUCAAGAGUGCCCAUACAGGUGUUCGAGACUAUGUUUGCGACUAUCCAGAUUGUGGGAAGAGCUUUGUGAACGGUUCGCGGCUUCGCCGGCACGUCGCUACGCACGAUGGACAUGACAAGUACCGUUGUACCGAGUAUCCACCUUGCGACGAGACAUUCCGGAAGCAUUCGACUCUACAGAAACAUAUCACAGUUGUCCACUUGGGUCAGAAGCCAUUCCCAUGUACCUACGUGGAUCCAAACACCAACGAGAAAUGCAAGAUGGCUUUUGACAAGGCUGGUAAUCUACGCACCCACCAGAGCCGGGUCCAUUCCGAGAAGCGAUUCACUUGCGCAGAAUGUGCCGAAAAGAUGGAAGCCAAAUCAUCAGAUAUGGGCGACGACAAUGCAAGCCAAGAUGUAUCAUUCCCCUCGUAUGCCAGUUUACAAAACCACAUUCGGAUCGUUCACCCUCCCCAAUGCCCCGAGUGUCCAUUGGUCUGUUCCACAGCACGGGGACUGCGGCGCCACCUCGAGAUCGCCCAUGGCAACGUGACCCUUGAAGAACGAAAGACAUUCCCCUGCACGGUCCCCGACUGCGGUCGCAGCUUCACCAAGCAAGGCAACUUGACUGUCCAUGUCCGCACAUUUCACCAAGGCGAAAAACGGUUCGGCUGCGGCGAAACAGAUUUCUCAGCCUCCAAGAAAUUAGAGGGAUGGGACGGCGUCGGUUGCGGUAAGCGCUAUGGCAACAAGUUGACACUCGAAGAUCACAUCCGCACCGCACACAUGGGACUCCCGAAUGCCAGGAAACGUCGUCAAGCAAAGAUGAGCAAAAAACCAGCGCAUGAUUCCGUUUCUACUCUUUCUGCCCUCACAGGCCAAGGCUAUGCCGAGGAAACAGGACGACAGAUCGCUUGCUUCUACCACGAGUCAUGCCCACAUCGUUUCCAUCGCAACUACGAUUUGUGGGUACACAUGACCACCAAACAUACCUGCACCGAAGACGAGGUGCAGAACCUUUUCAUGCAGCGCGCUUUGCUUACUGAUGAAUCCGGUCCUGGAGGAACCUCAAACUCACUUGGUAUCUACGGUCUUGGAUAUGACCGGGACAGUCAAUCGUACUACCACCAAUCCUACAUGGCAGGAGACCACUCCUCGGAUAUUGCUUUCGGUUCACAGUCGAACGAUUCGUCCUAUCUCCCUACCCAGCCGGGCUUGGAUUCUGAUUAUUUGAUGCAAGACGAUUUUCCAGCGAGUGCAGCCGGCGAUAUUGAUUCUAUGAUACCCAGCCACAAUCAGAUGGCCCUGGUUAACCCUGUUGAUGCUUACCAUGCGAUGGAACAGUAG